GGCCUCUGCCAGGCCACCGCCGCCCUGCUGCACACGGGCCUCCUCUGCCCCCUGGCGUGGAUGGCCGCUGAGGCCUUCCACCUCCUCCUCCUCCUCGUCAAGGUCUACAACGUCUACAUCCAGCACUACCUCCUCAAGCUCUGCCUCUUCGCUUGGGGUGAGUGGGCACCCGCCUGGCCCUGCCCACCACCUGCCCGCGGCACAGCUGCCCGGGCACGGCCGCACACAGCUUGUCCCCGCGCCGCAGGUCUGCCCAUGCUGGUGGUGGUGGCUGUUUUUAUCUUCAAGAGAGACACAUACGGGUACCACCCUGUCAGCACUUCUGAAGGCUACGGGAACACAACAAUGUGCUGGCUCACCAGCUCGCCUGCCCAUUACACCACCCUCUGCUACGCCGGCCUCAUCCUGCUCUUCAACACGCUGGUGCUGGGGAGGGUGAUGAUGGCACUGCGGAGGAUCCGGCGGCAGAAGGGGCAGGCGAAGAAGGACUGGGUGACAGUGCUGGGGCUCACCUGCCUGCUGGGCACCACCUGGGGCCUGGCCUUCUUCAGCUUUGGCAUCUUCCUCAUCCCCCAGCUCUACCUUUUCACCAUCCUCAACUCCCUGCAAG